AUGGACGAGCUGGGUGGAGGCUGGGAGCGCCGGAGCGAUGGGACGUGGGUCAAACAGAGCCAACGGGCGCACCUGAGGCGCCGGAUGCGCCGCGCGCUCGACGCCGCGAGGCUUCGUUUCCGCGCCGCGGGUCGAACCGGCGGCGGUGCGAUUGGUAAAAAGGCGUCUCGGAGGGUGACGACGCACGACGCGCGCCUGCGUUCGGAUUCCUCGGCGCUCCGCGACGCCUGCGUCGACGCGUGGCGAGGGUUCGGUCUCACCGAUCCCUCCCACGAGCGGCUCCUGCGUCGGCGCGCCGAGCAGACGCUGGAGAUCGCGCGGGUGAACGGCGACGGGACGACGGUGACGUACCUGACGUUCAAGCUCGCGAUGCACCGCGUCGCCGCGCGGCACGUCGCGGGGCUGCGGCUCGCGCUCGCGGACGCGCGCGCCGCGCGGGGCGACGACCGCGGCGCCUUACGCGAGUACCGACGCGCGCUCACCGAGGAACGCGCGGGGUGGGCUCGAACCGGCAGGCUCGAGUGGGCGCCCGCGUCGUCGCUGCUCAACGCCGCUCGCCUCACUCGGGUUCGAGCCAGGGACCAGGCGGACCUCGACAACGCCGAGGGGCUCCUCCGUGCGGCGAUCGGGUCGACGGAACCCGAACGCGUCGAGGACCUGGAGACACCCCGGCUCGGGGAGGAUGUCGCUUCCGCGGCCGAGACGUCGCGAAGGGCCGCCCGGCACGAUCUCUGCGUGCUCCUGUGCCAGAGCGAUCAUCGCGACGACGACGCGGUUGAAGAGUUGCGUUCGAUGGGGUAUCGGUACAGGCUCUCCGAGGAGGUGCUCCGCUACGACCUCGACUACGGCGCGAAGGUGCCGCGGAAUAAAAAGGCAAAGGCGGCGAUGGCGGCGCACGGGAAGUACGUGAGGGCGUUCGACGGCGCGAUGCCGGCUUCCGCGCUGUCGCACCUGCGAAGCGUUUUCCGCGCGGAGAGCCAGUUUUGGUCGCAGCACGGGUACCACGAGCCCGGAUGCGGUUUCUUCAGCUACGCGCACAGGCUGCCGCCGUGGAACGCGGAGGACGUCGGCAACACGCAUCCGCUGAGGAGCACCAUGGACGCCAUCGUGCGUCGCGUGUGGCGCGUCGCCGCCGCCGCUUUUCCGCGCGCGCGGGAAGCGACUGCCGCCGAGUGGUGGGCGCACUGCCGGCCGCACGGUUCCGGUCACCAGCUGCACUUCGACAGCGACGACGAGGGGAAGGGACCCGAGGGGAUUCGGCACCCGAUAUGCAGCGCCGUCGUCUUCGUCACCGGCGACGUCGGGGGUCCCACGCUGGUGACGGAUCAGACGGCUGCGUCGAAGAAGCUGGCGCAGAGGGGGUGGCUCGUGGAGCCCGUCGCCGGUCGAGUAGCGGUGUUCGACGGGAGGUACCUGCACGGGGUAGUCCCCGGCCGCGGCCCAGCGCCGAGGCUACCGAGGAACCACGUGGGUCGUGCCGCGGGUUUUUCCCCGUGCAGCAGCGACAGAGACGCGCGGAGGAUCACGCUGAUGGUGGCGUUUUGGGACGAGAUGAAGGCGCGGCCGGGGGGCGACGGGAGCGACCCGAGGGCGUCUUUUCCCAAGGGCAGCGCGCGCCCGUUCCCGGAUCCGAAGCUCUACCUCGGGGAUAGGUCCAGGCCGAAGGGGAUCGACUGGCCCGAGCUGUUCCACGCGAUGCACCUGACGUCCAUGCCGGACGUCGUCGCGGAGGCUGCGACGGGGGAUGGGGAUGAAGGCGGCGGCACAGCUGGCGGCGGGGGCGCGAAGCCGGAACAGACGCGGUGGGUGGAGCGCUGCGCGACGCCCGUGGGGCGGGUGUGGCAGGACGUGGACGAGGCUGAGAACGACGCGUGCUUCCCGUCGUUGGCGCUGGAGAAGAUCAGCUCGGUGCCGCCGUACGAUCGAUGCUUCAUGUACUGA